AUGUUAGCGGUGGCCAAAAAGCCACCUAACUCCGGAAUAACGGCAGGAUCUCAAUCCAAUUUCAUCACAGAGAAAUUAGCAAGGAAGCUCGAUUUUACCCAACGGCUAAUCAACAUGUCUGUGUCAGGAAUCAACUGUGCACACACGCAAGCGUGUCAUGUCAUUACCAUAUGUAUAAAAUCCAUGUAUACAUCAUUCACACAAGAAAUUGAGUGUUACAUACUAAACAAUAUCACUGAGAAAUUGCCUCAAACGUACGUUAACAUACAAAAUCUUAAGAUUCCAAAUAAUAUAAGAUUAGCGGAUCCACAAUUUUAUAUCCCGAACGAAAUUGAUAUGCUUCUGGGAGCCGAGUUGUUUUGGCAAUUAAUUUGCGUAGGACAAGUACAAGGACAUAAAAAUCAAUUUACGCUACAGAAAACUAGGCUGAAUGGUAUUGUGCCACCGACUCCAGAGAAGGCUUCGGAGCACUUCGCAAUCACGACGGUAAGAGAUCAGGAUAAUCGUUUCAUAGUCAAACUGCCAAGUAAAGAAACAAAAUUGCAACAACUUGGUGAGUCUCGCACUGCAGCUUUACAGCGAUUCUUAGCUGUGGAACGCAAAUUGCAAAGGCAACCUGCAUUGAAGAAGCAGUACGUACAGUUUAUGAUGGAGUACGCGAAUUCAGGUCACAUGGUACGCGUUGAUGAACGACAUCCAAGCAUCACUCCAAGAUAUUAUAUGCCACACCACGCCGUAUUAAAGAACAACAGUCUCAUGACCAAGGUCAGAGUAGUGUUCGAUGCUUCUACCAAAACCAAUGCCGGGGUAUCGUUAAAUGAUUAUAUAGCGCAAAUGUACCGCCAAAUAUGGGUGGAUAAAUCUCAGACACCUCUUCAAAGGAUAUUUUGGCGGAAUGAUCUAAGUGAAGAGUUAACCACUUUCAAAUUGCAAACGGUAACAUAUGGCACAACAUGCGCACCCUUUAUGGCGAUGAGAACCAUGCUAGAACUAGCAAAUAUAAAUGCAUCUAGAUACCCAAGAAGAUCAACCACUAUCAGCAGUGACUUUUAUGUUGACGAUUUAUUGUCAGGAUCUAAUGAUUUAAAUGAAGUGAAGAAAAUUCGAGAUGAGACUAUGGAAAUCUUAGCGGAAGGAGGAUUUUAA